AUGAACCGCUUACGAUAUAUCGAGCACGGGGGCUCGGGGUCCGUGACGCACUCGGGAACACGUUCGGGAACGUUCGCGCACGUUCGGGCACGUUCGUGCACGUUCGGCCACGUUCGUGCACGUUCGGCGCACGUUCGCGAGCAGUUCGGCGAGCGCGCUCGCGGCCUCGGUUGGCCUGCCGGCGGGCGGCGGACGUAUUUACACGGCGAAUGUACAAGGAGCGGGGCCGCUCAGCCGAGCAGCGCCUCCAUGGUGUACGGGUGCGGCGGGUGCGGCGGGCGCGGCGGCUCCUGCGUGACACGUCCAAGAUAU